AUGUCGGCUUGUAUUUGUCAAAGAUCAUAUUCAAAUAGAUCUAUCUAUCUAUCUACAUAUAGAUCUAUCUAUCUAUCUAUCUAUCUAUCUAUCUAUCUAUCUAUCCUAAUAUUUCUUUACGAGCAUAAAUUCAUUUUUUCUUUUCCUUUUCCUCUUCUUUUGAGUUGUAUACCCGCUUUUUUCUCUUUCUUGUAUUAUACUCUAUUACUUAUUUGUCUUUUUUUUCCUUUUCUACCAUUAAUUUCUUUUUCUCUGUCUUUCCUUCCCUCUCUUCCCCCCUCUCUCUCUUUUUACCACACUCUUUCUCUUAUUUUCUUCCUUUUUACAUUCUCUCCCUUCAUUUAUUUCUUUCGCUUCCUUUUUUACUUUGUGUUGAUUCCUUCUCACUCUUUCAUUUAUCUCUCUCUUACUCUCUCUCUCUCUCUCUCUCUCUCUCUCUCUCUCUCUCUCACUGAGUCAUUUUUUUCUCAAUUUUAUUAUUAUCUCCUUUUUCUAUUUCUUCUUCCUUUUUCAACACUGUACUUUUACUCUUUUCCCUUCCUCUCUCUCUCUCUUUCUUUCUGUCUCCGUCUCUCUCUCUCUCUCCCUCUCUCUCUCCACUCCUGA